AUGCUGCCGAUCCCGGACAACCUCGCGUACCCUAUCGAGGAGAAGACAUGGGGGAAAUCCGUCGAUACACUCGAUGAGAAGAACCAGACGGAAGGAAUACUAAACGGCCAUAUAACUUGUGUAUUGCGGGCAUGGAAAAUGAUGGGCAUUACCGACCGUGCCCUAUGGAACGAUUUUCGCGAAGAAUUCGAUGGAUGGACUCUGGACACAUUCAAGGUGGCAAGCAAAACCGCAUUGAAGAUGAUUCGAAUCCACCUGACUACACACGGAGUAUGGAUCAAGAUAGCCAUCGGUGUAUCAUACGCGAAGGGAUUGUAUGACUGUCUCCAGGAGGACACUCAACACGAAUGGACCAAAGAAGACAUCGAGGCCCAUCUGAAGGAGCACCCGGACAACUUCAACUCUAGAUGGAACCCUGCGCGCGAUCAAUCACCAACCAUCCGACCAAAUGCCUCGGCGGCACGAGCUACUUUGGUGAACCUACCAAAUCCUCAAACCCCACGAACGAAUGUUGAGAAACCACAUAUCGAACGAAGCGACCAGAGAUGGGAAGAAGCCAGAUCCGUCACGCUCGAUACAGCCUAUAUGGACAAUCGCAUACAGCAACAAUCCGAUUACGGUAGAUUCCAACAAAAUUCCUCGGACAUGUCGUUACCGAGAAUGAUUGAAGCAGUAACGAGGCAGUACAGCAACGCGGACGACAAGUAUAGCGGAGGACUGUAUGAUGACUUCAACACAAAGUUAGUCAAGUUCUACGACGUCUGUGAAAAGAUCGGCCUACAGGAGCAUCAGUUCCACAUCGCAUUCUCGCUUAUGCUUAAGGGGAGAGCGGAGAAAUUUUAUUUCACACGGAUCAAGGGAAAGGCAAGAGAUUUUCCGACAAUGGUGGAGAUGUUGAGGGCACACUUCGACACAGAGGAAAACCGUCAAAGAUCUAUCACUGAGUGGAGAGAGACCACACUCCCAAGGACCAUUGCUCAAAACCCUGAGAAGUCACGCUCAGAUUGCCUCGAAAUGCUCUUUGAUACACUGGAAAAGAUCCAGCCAGGAUUACCACCAGAAUACCGGUCGGAGACGACACUGCGGGAACAAACUAUCAAUGCUUGCAGAGGUGUCGAGGAAUGCAAGUUCUCCUUAUAUAGGCCGGCGAGCACCCUAGAGGGGGUACAAGCAGAACUACGAUCCGCCGUUGCCAAUGCGAUCUUUCCACCUCAUGCGGGGCAAUUUCACGCUUAUGAGGAGUACGACGUGCUCGACCAGCAUUGGACUGACCGCACAUACGGAGGGAGAGGCCGUGGCCGCGGAAGUUAUAGCCAGCACAGAGGAAGCAAUGGAUACGGUAACAACCGUGGACUCACUCCCUUUCGUGGAUCAGGGCCGCGAGGAAGCUACCGUGGGAGUCGACGGGGCCAUCAAGGGUCCCGCCAGGGGAGAUGCUACGUCUGCGGAAGGCCAGGAUGCUGGUCGAAGUAUCAUACCGGGGAGGAACGAAGACAAUCACUCGAUAACUUCCGCCAGCAACACUACUUCACCACGGGCCAAGCGGCCACCCCGCAGGAUUUCCAGACGUUCCUUAGUGACUUUGAAGGAGAAGAGGAGACAGAAGUGCUAGACAGCAGCGACAGGCAUGAAUCAACCCUGAUGCUCGCAGACAUGACUAUCGAGGAUGACGAGCACGAGGGGUUCUUCACAGAGCUCGGAGAAGUCGACGGGAUUAGAAUGAUAUCCAUCCUAAACGACCAGUCAGCGUACCACUUUUUCACUAAAGACGAUAUUUUCCAGCAGCGACAAGCCAACGGACAGGCCAUUGAAGUGUUCACACUCGACAACCGGUAUUCAGCUGACACCUUCCAAGGCAUUAUGCCAGAUACUGGAGCCUCUGGAGUUUCGUCUGCGGGUGAACCUCAAUUCAAGGCAUUGUGCAAGUUAGACCCCAAAGUCAGACUCAAUACCUCCCGGGCUGGGGAACAUAAGAUCAAAUUUGGAGACGGAGACCCAAAAGUCUCCUUAGGCACUGCCGAUGUCGAUACCCCAAUUGGCUCUAUUACCUUUCACAUCCUUCCCACGAACACACCAUUUCUCUUCUGCCUCAAGGACAUGGACGCUAUGGGAGUGGAGCUACGAAAUAAGAAAAAUGUGCUCGAGCGAGGAGACAAGAGAGUACCCAUUGUACGUAAAUGGGGACACCCAUGGAUGUUGCUGCACAAUCUGGAGGAGGCAGCAGCAUGGAGCCACCUUACCGAAUCAGAGCUACGACAACUCCACCGGCGUUUCGGACACCCGUCGGUACAUAGAUUGACCCGAAUCCUACAACGCGCCGGGCACGAGGUGAAUUCGCAGUGCAUCGACUACCUCACGAAAUUCUGCCACCAUUGCCAGAUGAAAGGUAGAUCUCCAGGACGAUUCAAAUUCACUUUGAAAGAUGACUAUGAGUUCAAUUACUCGGUCAUCGUCGAUAUCCUGUAUCUGGAAGGAAAGCCCGUUUUGCAAGUUAUCGAUGCAGCCACGUCAUUUAGUGCUGCGAGAUUCCUGAGAGACAUGUCGGCACGUAAUGCCUGGGACGCACUUCGUGCAUGCUAG